UCCAGGGCUGAGUCAGCGGAGCCCGGAGUGGCUUCCCUGGCUGGCACCUGGACGUAGGCUAUUUCCGUUCACGUCCAAGCAGAAUACUGGAACCGAUUGGACAGAACUUCCAAACUUUUACGUCCAGCAAGAUUCACCCCUGACGCCUUCAUCUCAGGACUGGGAACAGGAAAAGCCGACGCGUGCACUCCCCUUCCCCAAGCGUGUGAGUGGGUACCGUGGGCAAGCCCGCCCACCCGCUUGGGCAGCGAUGGCAGCAAGGGACCACCCGCGUUAGUGGACCGGGGACGGGGGAACGCAGACCGCAUCAACGACUCUCCAUCGCCGCCUCUUUCGGAAACCAAGAGAAAAUGGUGGGAGGCGAAAAGAAAACUAAAUAAAAACACAAGCAACUUGUCUUAGGACCUCAGCUAAGCAAAUGAAGCCUUCUUGCGUGUGCUGAGCCUGCAGUUCUCAACCUUCUAGGAAAGAUGGGAGGACUGGGCGACAGAGGGCACAGCAGGAAUGCCCCGCAGUGAGUGCAACCGGAGCGCUGCCCGCUGCACCGCAGAGGCCUAAAACCUACUCUGCAAGGAAGCGCCCGCGGCGCCGGGAGCCGCGCACCCUCGCCAGCGACCACGUGAUCACUUUUUUUUUUUUUUUGGAGAAAAAAAAAACUUCUUUGCCUUAAGGAAAAAAAAAAAAAAAAAAAAGAGAGAGAGAGAGAGCGAGAGAGAGAGAGAGAGAGAGAAAGAGAGAGAGACUCCACUUCCCAGAAGCCUCUGGUUCCCCAAGCAGCUGUAGUCUUGCGCAGGCGCCGCCAAGGCCAAACGGACACGUCCGUCACGUGGGCAGGACCUGGCCAAUCCGGUUUGAAUCUCAUUUUUUUCCUCUCGCCCCCCCUUCAGGAGCGGUUGUGCGAUCAGAUCGAUCUAAGAUGGCGACUGUGGAACCGGAAACCACCCCUACCACUAAUCCCCCACCUGCGGAAGAGGAAAAAACAGAGUCUAAUCAGGAGGUUGCUAACCCAGAGCACUAUAUUAAACACCCUCUACAGAACAGGUGGGCACUCUGGUUUUUUAAAAAUGAUAAAAGCAAAACAUGGCAAGCAAACCUUCGAUUGAUUUCUAAGUUUGAUACUGUUGAAGACUUUUGGGCUCUAUACAACCAUAUCCAGUUGUCUAGUAAUUUAAUGCCUGGCUGUGACUACUCCCUUUUUAAGGAUGGUAUUGAGCCUAUGUGGGAAGAUGAGAAAAACAAACGAGGAGGACGGUGGCUAAUUACAUUGAACAAGCAGCAGAGACGAAGUGACCUCGAUCGCUUUUGGCUAGAGACACUGCUGUGCCUUAUUGGAGAAUCUUUUGAUGACUACAGUGAUGAUGUGUGUGGAGCUGUUGUUAAUGUUAGAGCUAAAGGUGAUAAGAUAGCAAUAUGGACUACUGAAUGUGAAAACAGAGAUGCAGUCACACACAUAGGGAGGGUAUACAAGGAAAGGUUAGGACUUCCUCCGAAGAUAGUGAUUGGUUAUCAGUCCCACGCAGACACAGCUACAAAAAGCGGCUCCACCACUAAAAAUAGGUUUGUUGUUUAAGAAGACACCUUCUGAGUAUUCUCACAGGAGACUGCGUCACGCAAUCGAGACUGGGAGCUGAACCAAAGCCUCAUCCAAGCAGAGUGGACUGCACUGAAGUUGAUUCCAUCCAAGUGUUGCUAAGAUAUAAGAGAAGUCUCAUUCGCCUUUGUCUUGUACUUCUGUGUUCAUUCUCCUCUCCCACCCCCAGUUUUUGCUAGUGUGUCCACUAUCCCAAUCAAAGAAUUACAGUAUACGUCACCCCAGAAGCAGCAGAUGUGUUCCUGGCCCGCUCUGUAACAGCCGGUUAGAAUUACCAUGACACACACAUUUGCCUUUCCACAGUAUUUGAAAAAGAACUUGCAUUUCUAUUACCUUAGCAGGAAAAGAUCUGGUUUGUUCCACUCCACGCAGGAGCGGAUUUUGCUGGUGUGAGAGUCUGAGUACAGCUUUCUAGCAACCUUCUGUUUCCUUUCACAGCAUUGUCCUUGCUGUCCUCUUGCUGAUGGCUGCUAGAUUUUAAUUUAUUUGCUUCCCUCCUUGAUAACAUUAGUGAUUCUGAUUUCAGUUUUUCAUUUGUUUUGCUUUUGUUUUUUUCCUCAUGUAACAUUGGUGAAGGAUCCAGGAAUAUGACAGAAAGGUGGAAUAAACAUUAAAUUUGUGCAUUCUUUGGUAAUUUUUUUGUUUUUUGUAACUUCAAAGCUUUGCUACAAAUUUAUGCAUUUCAUUCAAAUCAGUGAUCUAUGUCUGUGUGAUCCCUAAACAUAAUUGUGGACUAUAAAAAUGUAACACCAUAAUUACAUUCCUAACUAGAAUUAGUAUGUCUGCUUUUGUAUCUUUAUGCUGUACUUGAACACUUUGUAUUACUUAGGUUAUUUUGCUUUGGUUACAAUGGCUCAAGUAGAAAAGCGGUCCCAUCCAUAUUAAGACAGUGUACAAAACUGUAAAUAAAAUGUGUACAGUGAAUUGUCUUUUAGACAACUAGAUUUGUCCUUUUAUUUCUCCAUCUCUAGAAGGAAUCUGUACCUCGUAUUGCAAGGCAGUCUCUUGUGUCUUCUUAGAGUGUCUUCCCAUGCACAACCUCAGUUUGGAGCACUAGUUUAUUAUGUUUAUUACAAUUUUUAAUAAAUUGAAUAGGUAGUAUCACAUAUGUAAUUAAACUGAUGUGGCUAUCUUUUUUAAUAAAGUUAAGGCACAGUUUUUCAGUCUUAGGUUAAAUAAUGUACUUUGAAUAUGUUAAAAUUCAUGAGAAUUGGGAUUUUGGUGUAUCACCAUUUGAUAGGAACAGUGGCUAUAAAUUGAUUGUUGAGUUUAAGACGUUUUUACUUAAAGGCCAGAAAAUUAGCAUAAGGAAAGUAUAGGACAACAUGCGUUAGGAACAUUAGUGUUACUAUCUGAAUAAACAAGUAUUAAGAACUAUUUAUAUUGGUCAAUUGUUGCAGUAUGGUUCUCUGUAAACUUGAAACCUUGAUCUAUUCUUUGUAUCAUUUAAAGCAAACAGGAAGACGUUUUGUCUGCAGUACAUAAUUGUAUAGUUCAGGUCCUGUGAAAUGAGGUGUGGCUGUUACAUCAGGGGCGAGCUGAACUGUGGGCAGCAGAGUGGAAAGCGCUGGCUGAGAGAAAAAUGCUCUUUAAGUGGUUGUUAUUAUGAAUUCAUCCUUUUCACACUGAUAACUUUAUAAAGAUCCUUAUAAAAUA